AUGGUGUCGCCUUGGGUCGUGUGCAGUCUACUUGUGGUGAUGGGGCCAGCAGUGGUUGGCGCCAGUGACGAAUCAAUAAUCACGACUGAUGCGCAGGGUAACCUCGUCAUCAACGCCUCGUCAACAGGUGGCGAUGCACGGGUUUGGAUUAACGGAGUCGACGUGCUUCAAGAGCUGGCUGAGCUCCGCGAGAUCUUGUUGGAUCGCAAAACAACACCGACAGCAUUGCCUCCCAGCACCACGGCCGCUCCCACAAACGCGCCUGUGACGUAUACAGGCGAUAUCGGCUGUGGACUGGAGAACGUGCCCUUAGAUGUCACGCAUAUCUUGGGCAACGUCAGCCUGAUUUCGUGCCCCCUUCUCACAGCAAAUGAUCUCCUGCAAGCUUUUGGCAAGCUUGUUCAAGUGAGCGGGGACUUGACACGAUGCGAGCUCAUCAUCAUUGGCUCUGAAUGCAAUGCGAUCAUCCCAACUUUCGAUGUGCCCAUGGACGACAAUGGCGCCCUGAUUCAUUUGGAUGGGCUUGCAACUCUCACCAGCGUGGGCGGCGAUUUGAAUAUUCGUAACAAUUACAACCUGACCAACGUGAACGGCCUUGGCAAUGUCACCAGCGUUGGCGACUAUUUGAGCAUCUACGUACGUUGUCGCACGAGAGGGGAUGAAAUUGAUGUGACGUGUGUGAACGAGGAGAGAAAUGCCGCCCUGACCAACGUGGACGGCCUUGGCAGUAUCACCAGCAUUGGCGACUAUUUGAGCAUUGGUGUACGUUGUCGCAUGAGAGGGCAUGAAGUUGAUGUGACGUGUGUGGACGAGGAGGACAAUGACGUCUUGACCAACGUGGACGGUCUUGGCAGUGUCACCAGCGUUGGUGACUACUUAUACAUCUACAGCAAUGACGCCUUGACCAACGUGGACGGCCUUGGCAAUGUCACCAGCGUGGGCGACUUCUUGCGCAUCUACGACAAUGGCGCCUUGACCAACGUGGACGGCCUUGGCAGUGUCACCAGCGUAGGCGACUAUUUGAGCAUUGACUACAAUGAUGUCUUGGCCAACGUGGACGGCCUUGGCAAUAUCACCAGCGUUGGCGACUACUUAUACAUUCGUUACAAUGCCGCCUUGACCAACGUGGACGGCCUUGGCAGUGUCACCAGCGUUGGUGGCAAUUUGGUAAUUUGUUCAAACUCUCAACUUGACACAUCAAUGGUACCUGCCUCUGUUCGAUCGCUGGGCACAUGCCAACGGAUCACGAGCGGAGGUUGCGGCUUUUGUUGA